UUGGCAAGCCUCCAGAGCGACAGUUUCCACAGGGCUGCUGCGAGCUCCUGGCGGUGGUGUGAGGACGCUCUGAAAGCGGCGGGGCGCCCGUAGGUGUCGCGAGCCGAGGCUUCCCUAACCACUCUAUGCCUGGUUGGAGGCUGCUGGCGCAAGCCGGCCCCCAUGUGCUGGGUGGAGGUGCGGGCGGCCUGGGUGCUGCCCUGGGCUCGGGGAACAGGUUCCUCUAGAGUUGGCCUUAUUGCCAUGAAGCUGGGCAUGAUGCCUUUAUGGACGAAGGAUGGUCAAAAGCAUGUGGUCACAUUACUUCAGGUACAAGACUGUCAUGUUCUAAAAUAUACUUCGAAGGAAAACCAUAAUGGAAAAAUGGCAGCACUAACUGUAGGAGGAAAAACUGUAUCACGUUUUCAUAAACCUACAUCUGUGUUGGAAUUUUACCGAGAACUUGGAUUGCCGCCAAAACAGAAAGUUAAAAUCUUUCAUGUAACAGAUAAUGCUGUAAUUAAGCCAGGCACUCCUCUUUAUGCUGCUCACUUUCGUCCAGGACAGUAUGUGGAUGUCACAGCCAAAACUAUUGGUAAAGGUUUUCAAGGCGUCAUGAAAAGAUGGGGAUUUAAAGGCCAGCCUGCUAGUCAUGGUCAAACAAAAACCCACAGGAGACCUGGAGCUAUUUCAACUGGUGAUAUUGCCAGAGUCUGGCCUGGAACUAAAAUGCCUGGACAAAUGGGAAACAUAAAUAGGACAGAAUAUGGACUGAAAGUGUGGAGAAUAAACACAAAGCACAAUAUCAUCUAUGUAAAUGGGUCUGUACCUGGACAUAAAAAUUGCUUAGUAAAGGUCAGAGAUUCUAAGUUGCCUGCCUAUAAGGAUUUCUGUAAAAACCUACCAUUUCCUACAUAUUUUCCUGAUGGAGAUGAAGAGGAAUUACCAGAAGAUUUAUAUGAUGAAAACGUUUGCCAGCCCGGUGCACCUUCUAUUAUGUUUGCCUGACAUCAUUGGACAUGGAAGACCUUUACAUAUUCUGUGAGCUUUGAUGAGCCAGAACAAUGUAUAGCCAGGAAUUAUAUUCUCCUUUCUUGGUCAUAAUACCACAUUUCUCAUCUUUGUCAAGGGCAUAAAUGUAUCACUCAUCCCCUAAUUAAAUUUUUUUAGAAAAAUUACUACAUUAAACAAAUCAGUUAAGUAGACUGGAUUUGCUAGAAUUGGCAGUUUGCAUCUUAGCAAAAUAUUUGUAAUUUGUGGACUUCAUUCUUUUUUAUUACACAUUCCCAAAGUUAUCUUAAUGUUUUUAUAAAUUUAACUUUUAUUAAAGAUUUGUCAGUCUUUGUGAAGGGGUGAUUGUCGAACAGUAGAAAACCAUAUGGGUACUAUGGUGCAACCUUUUUGGAUUAAAAAAAAAAACAUUUCCUGAAAUCCAUUUUCAUUAUUCUUCUCCAUUUUAGAAUCUUAAAGGGAGAAAGUGAGAUUUUUAUUUAAAUUAUAGAAACGUAUAUGCUAUAGUUAAAGGCCUGACAAAGGAAGGACAAUAAAAUCAUAAAUUAUGGGUUCUGUUUACACUUUCAUUGGGAGGGAUAAUUAUUUUUUAGUUUGAUCACUCAAUUAUAAGAUUGGUAUAAUCAUUUUUCCUUGAUGCCUUCCAAAGAGGAUUUAAAAUGACCUGGGAUUAUGCAGUCAACAAACUUUUAUUAAUCACAUAUUACUCAAAAUGUUAAUGGACUCUGAGUUUCUCUUCAUUAUAUGAAAUUAAGAUGUACAAGGGUACUUCAAAAAAUUCAUGGAGUUAUAUAAUUUUUCUAUUUUCCGUGAACUUUUUGAAGUACUCUCGUAUUUGCUAAUGGCUACUUAUAACAAAAAUAGUUAAGCUUAACAAUGUACGUAUAAGCAAGCCUCAUUGAACUGAUGGAUUUCCUCUAGAUUUGUUAUUUCCUUCAGAUUUGUGAUUCAUAAACUUAAGAGGCUUAUUGACUAUAGAGUUCACGUGAUUUUCUUAUAAUUAAUGGGUUUGUAUUAAAAGGUCCGAUAGUACUUUCCUGGCCAUAUUGCAUUUUUCUCAUUCUUCAUUUUAAAUCCAAGUGUAGCCACAUCUUUUUUAAAGUUUUCAUUUAUACUUCAUCUUAUUCCUUUAAAUAUUUAUGGU